AGGGCUUGUUUCACGACGCGGUGUUAUUGUGGACGGACGCACAGCUCCCGGUUACUCUCAGGGAACACUCUAGAACUCAUGUACGAAAGGAAACGCUUGUAACUUCGUUUCGGGUAAACAUGGUUGACUGGAAUCCCAUAGCGAAGGUGUACGACCCGCUCAAAGCUGGCAGCAUCGACGGGACGGACCUGGAGCCGCAUGACCGGGCGGUGUGGAGGGCUAUGAGUGCCCGAUACAAGCCCAACAAGGGAGUCGUCGGAGAUCCGCUUCUCAUUGUUUUCGUGUCUCGUCUGAACCCCGAGACCACCGAGGAGAAGCUGCACGAGGUCUUCUCCAAGUACGGUGACAUCCAGCGGCUCCGGCUGGUCCGGGACAUCGUCACGGGCUUCUCUAAGAGAUACGCCUUCAUCGAGUACAAGGAGGAGCGCUCUGUACUCCGGGCCCGCCGGGACGCCAACAAACUGGUGGUGGACCAGUACGAACUGUUCGUGGACUUCGAACAGGAGAGGACCCUCAAGGGCUGGGUCCCGCGGCGGCUCGGCGGCGGCCAGGGAGGGAAGAAGGAGUCCGGCCAGCUGCGGUUCGGGGGCAGGGACAGGCCCUUCCGUAAACCCAUCAACCUCGCCGUGGGUCUGGGGCAGGAAUGGGGUGGUGGAGGCAGGGAGUGGGAGAGACAUGGGGCCAGAGACAGGGAGGACCGGGACCGACACAGGGAGGGCGACUGGGGCGGCAGAGGGAGGAGAGAUGACCGGGACAGAGGCAGAGAGAGGGACGACCGCAGGUACCGGGACAGGAGCAGGCACCGGGACAGGAGGUGAAACCGUGACUCCCACCUUGAUGGCAGUAAAACCAAACGCAGAAGAAGACUCUCCCCUGGUUCAUGUGCAGCCUGUGACAGAUGUUCAGCCCAGCUGCUGCAGCUCCUCGAAUGUGAAGCCAAGAAGGAAGCGUAGGAAAGUUGUACUGAUGAGGUUUGCACAGGUUGGGACACGUAUGGCAGGUUAACAGUUUAACUUCUCUGUGUCAUACAGACUUUAAACCGAUGAGGACAUUUGAAGGGCAUCAUAUGUGGUAGAACCCACUGAUGAGGAUUUUGUGCUACACUUGUUCUAUGCUCAAGAGAUUGUUACUUUAGUUUAAGUUACUAAAAAUGUCCUAUUGUUCUAUUUUUCAUUUUUGGCAUUUCACUUUUUGUAAUCUUUUGCUAUUUCUUGCACCAGCAAUGUUGUUUAUUAAUGGGGAAACUGCAUUAGUUACAAUUAAGGUUGGAUUUUUGUUCUUAGCCAAUGGAGGUGGUUGUUUAUCGGACAUGUUCCAAACAGCUCAUUUGAAAACGAAAACAACAACACGUAUAGCUAUAAAAUACAAGAACUCAUGUCUAGACCAUAGACUGAUUAAAAAGAUGGAUUGCCCCCUGGUGGCUGGCUGGACAAGGAAAAAACAGCAUCCAUAUGUGGAACAUUUUACCUUUAUUUUUUUGUAUAACAUGUGAAGACGUGUUGUUUCUCUUUAUUUACAGCCUGUGGUAGAGACAAAAGCUGAACAAGAAUGUGCAGGAUGUCACUUUUAAAGUGUGAUAUAAAACUCAUCAAACUCUCA